AUGAUAUAUAGAAAAAUUAAUACGAUAUCUAAAAAGAAGAAAUAUCUUUUCAAUUUACUAUAUCAGGGUCAUCGAACUUUAACAUCGAAACAAGUUUUCGAACGCGAAUUAAAAUAUGGCGCUCAUAAUUAUGAUCCAAUUCCUAUCGCUUUAUGCAGAGGGGAAGGACCUUUUGUGUGGGACGUUGAGGGGAAGCGUUAUUAUGAUUUUUUAAGCGGUUUCUCUGCAGUUAAUCAAGGUCACUGUCAUCUAAGAAUUUACAAAGCUUUGACAAAUCAAGCGAAACUCUUAACAUUAUGUUCAAGAGCACUUUAUUCAAACACAUUGGGAGAAUUAGAAGAAUACAUUACAAAAAUUUUUGGAUAUGAUAAAUGGCUUCCUAUGAACACGGGAUUGGAGGGUGGUGAAACAGCUUGUAAGUUGGCACGAAGAUGGGGUUAUGAUCGCAAAGGUAUACCACAUUAUAAGGCGAAAAUUGUUUUCCCAGAAGGUAAUUUUUGGGGAAGAACAAUGAACUCGAUAUCUUCUGGCUCGAAUCCGACUUCUUUCCGUGGAUUCGGUCCUUUUAUGCCUUUCGAAAUCGUUCCAUUUAACAAUCUCUCGAGUCUUCAAAAAACUUUAACAGAUCCUAAUGUUUGCGCUUUUAUGGUAGAACCUAUUCAAGGAGAAGCUGGUGUUAUCAUACCAAAGGAUGGAUAUUUAAGAGGAAUUAGAGAAUUAUGUACAAGAUAUAACGUGUUGUGGAUAGCUGACGAAGUGCAAACUGGUUUAGGCAGAACAGGGAAAAUGUUAGCUGUGGAUUAUGAAAAUGUGAAACCGGACAUUUUGAUUUUGGGUAAAUCUCUGUCAGGUGGUUUCUAUCCAAUAUCGGGUAUAUUGGCCAAUGAUUCUGUGAUGUUGACUAUAAAGUCUGGAGAACACGGUUCGACUUUUAGUGGCAAUCCUUUAGCGAGCAAAAUCGCUAUUGAAGCGCUUCGUGUGAUUUUAGAUGAGAAAUUAGCAGAAAAUGCUGAUAAACUUGGAAAUAUUGUCAGAUCUGAACUUAAGAAACUUCCAACAAACGUGGUUAAUGAAGUUCGUGGAAAAGGUCUACUUAACGGUAUAGUUAUCAAUGAUAAAAUUGAUAUUGUAAACGUAUGUUUAAAAUUAAAAGAUGAAGGUUUAAUCGCGAAACCGACACAGAAUCACGUAAUCAGAUUAAUGCCUCCGCUGGUUAUAACUGAAUCGCAAAUACGAGAAUCUAUGGAUAUUAUUUCCCGAGUUAUUAAUCAAUUCUCUAAAUGAUACGCAUAUACAUAUAAGUAUACGUUUUAAAUUUAUGUAUAUAUU